AUGGCUUCUAUUACCGCCAGCAGAGCACCUGCUGCUGCGCAACCAGACGUGUCUUCGACUCACCCAUAUACCUGUAACACUUGUCAAGUGGCGUUCAGAAACAGUGAACUUCAACGGGGCCACAUGAGAAGUGACUGGCACCGAUAUAAUCUGAAGCGUCGCGUCACUUCCCUCCCACCCAUCUCCUCUGAAGUCUUCACCGAGAAGGUUUUACAGGCACAAGCAUCAAAUACCGCCGCCGCUUCAAAGGCAGCUUACGAGAAGACUUGCACCGUCUGUGCAAGGACAUAUUUCAGCGAGAACGCCUAUCAGAACCAUAUCGGAAGCGCAAAACACAAGGCAAAAUUGGCUUACGCUGGCAGUCAAAGCGUGAACGAUGAUGCAAGCUCAGUCAUGAGUUCUACUUUCUCCCUUGGUGAGCCGGCUGUAGUAGGGGAGGAUGGUGAUUCAGAGGAAGAAGAUAGCGUCAGUGCAGUUGCGGACGGAAUCAAGAAUGUUGGGCUGAAAAACACACCUUCGGUAGCUGGGUCAUCAAAAUCAGCUGUCGAGCAAGAAGGGUCCGACCAGACGGCUUCCUCUGUGACGGCAGCAGAUGAUGAGAUACCCCGUGAGACUGCCUUGAAGCGCUGCCUCUUCUGCAACUACGAGUCUCCUUCUAUGGAAUUGAGCGUCAACCACAUGGAGAAGAUUCAUGGCAUGUUCAUUCCCGAAAAGCCUUAUUUGGUCAAUUUAGAAGGAUUGGUCGCCUCGUUACACGAAAAGAUAUACGAAUAUCACGAAUGUUUGUACUGCGGCAAGCUGAAGCCUUCGGUCUUUGGACUUCAGACACAUAUGCGCGACAAGGGCCAUUGCAAGAUCCCGUUCGGAACGGAAGAUGAGCAACUUGAGAUUGGAGAAUUUUACGACUUCACAAGCACCUACUCUGAUGUCGAGGACGAGUCAGAUGAUGAAGGCGAGCUACCUGGAAAGAAACAGAGUGGAGGUGUAAAACUUGGUGCUCGACGUAAGCCCAAGGUAGCAGAUGAAGAUGGUGACGAGGAGAUGGAAGAAGGCGACGGCUGGGAAACCGACAGCUCAGCAUCAUCACUUGACUCAGCCGAUCUUACAGCAGUUCCUCUCGACCAGCGCCAGCAUCAAUAUGAUAAACUCCAUGAACAUCCUCACCACUCUCAUACCGAUCCUCGCCCACACCACAACAAAGAUGGCUGGCAUUCGCACGCCCACAAACACAACCACGCCGCUUUUUACACCGAUUACGAACUUCAUCUUCCUUCUGGACGAACUGCGGGCCAUCGUUCGCUGAAUAAGUAUUAUAGACAGAACCUUCAUAACCAUCCAUCGGCUGCUGAGAGACAAGAACAAGAGCAAUUGCGUCUCGAGGCCGGAUCUUCUGAUUCAGACGAGACGAUGGAAGGUGGACAGGUUGCGCGCCAGAAUGGAGAGCGUGGCAGAGCUAUCACGAGUCGGGCAAAUGGUGGACUUGGAAUGAUCGGUGUUAGUGAUGAAAAGAGGCGAGAAGUGAAGUUGGAAGAGAAGAGAGCUAGAAAGGUGGAACAACGCGAGCAGAGAAAAUUCCAAUGGGGCAACAACAAACAAGGCAAUUUUCAAAAGCAUUUCAGAGAUCCUUUGUUGCAGUGA